CACACACAUUUUUUUAGAAAAUCAAUAGCUAAUGUUUUGACGCAUGCUUGCGUACAAACAUUGGUGUACAUUUUCGCAGUCUUCCUGAUAACACUCGCUGCCUCCUUUCUCUCUCUGCUUCUUUCUUUUCCCCUUUUCUGUCUCGCGUACGCGUUUCUCUGACUCACUCAGUCCCUCCCUGUCUCUCCUUUCUGAUUCCACGGCACACACAUAUGUUGUCAAAAUUGGUUUUUUUGCCUAUUACUUUUUGAAAUGUGUACCUCUUUUGUGAGUUCUUAGCAAGAAAACGGAAAUAUAUACAUAUAUUCAUACAGACAUAUACUUAUCUAUAAAAGCACACACACAACACACACAAACAUACGUAAUACUAUAUAUAUAUAUAUAUAUAUAUAUGGUACAGGAGCUAUAUACAAAGAUGCUUACUUAAGAUGUGAAUACGGUAUUGGGUAUCAAUAAUCCAGGUCACUUAUAAAACUGGACUGAUACCCUGAAUUAAUCAUGGGAACGUGUUACUCUAAGUCAGGUCAUGAUGCGGCUGAGAGUAACACGAGGAGUCCGCCAAUUCCUAAAGAUUCUGCUGGAGGGCGCCACCAACCAAAUGGAUCACUAUACGUGUAUAAACCUGUCAAAGAUCAGAGUGGGCAACCGGCCUCAGCGUCUCAGUCAAGUGCUGUAAGUGGACAAGAGAAAGGAGAGGAAGUCAAGAUCAAUACAAUUGACAGUGGUAUUGAAAGUCUAAUAUCUUCACAGUGUAACAAAGAGACUAAAGAGCUUGCUGAAAACAGUGAGUUACGGGAAGCAACAGACACAUUCGAACUCAUCGACAAUGGACCAUGUGCUUGUGGAGAGAACUGUGAAAUAAAUGGUCAUUGCAAGUUUGAAUACUUGACCAAACUACCUGAGAGUAAUGUUGAUUGGACAUCAGCAUCAAGAUCUUCUGCUGCAAAACUACCACCACAGCCUAGGAGACCUUAUGAAACUAGCGUUAUUCACCGUAAACCAAAAUGCAAAGGACGUAUUGAGAGGAAGUCUAGCAGGCUUUCCUGGAAGUCUACUGACAGUCUGGACUGGACACGAACUAUGGUCACCAGCAUGGAUCGUGCAACAAGUCAAGUUUCUGAUAUUUUUGUUGAUGAUGUCAGUCUUCAUGCUCCACUAGCACAUUUUGACUCUAUAGAGUUUUCUGGUGAAGAUAGAGAUGGAGAUUCCGUAAGCAUCUCAAAAUAUGGUCCAAAAUCUACGACUGCUGCCAAUGACAGUAACGUAGAUAUUUCUAGUACAAACUGUAGCAGUUCUGUGUUGCCAGGCAACCAGAGAUGCAUGAGUGUAUGUGAAAAGAACAUUGAAAAUAAGGACAGAUUCAGUGUUCAGUCUACAGACAAUAUCUUGUUAGCAACAAGAGAGAGCAAGCUUCAGGAUCUCGUGAAGAAACAGCUUUCUAACCAAUCACUUUUAGGAUCAAGGGAAGGUGACAGUUCAAGCACAGCUGGAUCACUUCUGUGUCUGCCUGCUAACUCUGAGGUGACAUCAUUUGUUGUUGAUGGCAAAGAGGUAGUGCUCAUUGAUGCUGAUACAUUCUCACAAGUUAUGGAUGAAAUUGCAUUGCUCAAAAUGAAACUGGGACAGUUGACGAGUGUCAUUCAGCACAUCCCAUUUCCUUCUGUGAAUAUUGAUGUCUUACGUAGGCGCAAGACGGAGUCAUUGAGCUAUUGCAACCGAGGUUGUGUUCACAGCGCCAUUUGGCCAUCUGGGACAAUGGAUACAAAUUAUUCAUAUGAAAGAGGCAGUUUGUCUGGAGUUCCAGCAUUGAUGAACAGUGACGACCAACUGCUUACUGUGUCUCCUCCGAGUGAGCGUCUGUCCACUGCAAGCUUUGAUAUGGCCCCUUACUCACCAGAAAUGUCACACAUCAAAGAUUGCCCAACAGAGAUUCCAGAACCAGCUCCACCAGAAACGCCAGCAGGAGAAUUUUCUCCUACCACUAUCAGUAGCAACACAGUGACAGAAAGCACAACAGUGGCAGAUUCAUUACACGCUGCUUCCAGUUCAAGUCAGGAAACCAAAACGACCAACACAUGACCACUAUCAAGCUUUCUUCUCUUUAGUGACGAGUCAGUGAAGGGAAUACAAAGUCAGUUAUGACCAGCAGAAAACAUACAGCGUUAUCACAACAUAAUUGGUACUUCUCCCUGUAUUUCUCUGCAGGGGGUUUCAUGUUCAUGUAAAAACUGCAGUUAAGUUUGUAUGAAUUUCAUCAAUUGUUCAUGUCUUCCUUCUUGUACUGUAUUCUCUUAAAAAACUCCUUCAAUGUUGUCCCCUGUAAUCUGCCUAAUGUAAUCAGUUAGCCCUUCCCCCAACUCCUUGAUAAUUAAUUAAUCAAUUUAUUAACUUAACUUAACUACCUUUAUCUAUUGACUUCUUUCAAAUAUUUAUAUUCUUACUUUUCCUUCUCUCACAUAUGAUCCAGGAUUUUUGAGACUUACCAAAAUGUUUUUUUGUUUUUUUUUUUGACAUACUCAUUAGUAAAUAUAUAAAACCUCACACAAAUACACACACAUGUGCAUGCACAGUGUGAAAACUUACGUUUAAAAUAAAACAAAAAAUGCAAAGAACCCGACCCAACUUGACAUCAGCAGCAACAACAACAACAAAAUCAAAGAACAAAACAUUUGAAUGAAUGAAUAAAAUAGAUCUCAUCCAUGUGUUGUUAGAAAUGCUAGAAAUUGUACAGAGAGCCUUCCUUUCUCAAAAUGAUAAAAAAAA